AUGGGCACUGUGACGCCUACAGUUGAGCAAGGCAAGAACAUGACCCUGAAUGUCAGUGAAUACAGCAGUGGGUAUCUUUCUCCUUUCACCGUAUGUAUUCAGCUUCUGUAUAUCAUAUUUCUCCUUUUCUUCCUGUGCGGACUGGUGGGGAAUGUGAAAAUCAUCUGGAUCCUCGGCUUCUGCAUUGAGAGGAAGCCUUUCGCCACUUACCUCUUGAACCUGGCUGUAGCGGACGUCGGCACCCUUUUGAGUGGGCUUGCGGAUGAGAUGAACAUGGCCCUUGUGUUUUUUAGUCCCGUGACUCAUGGCGGAUUUGAUAUUAUCUCUCCAUUAGCGGAUGUCCUUGUUUUCUUCACGUACAAUGCAAGCUUGUAUCUCCUAACAGCCCUUAGCCUGGAGACUGUACUCUCUCUGCUGUUUCCCGUCUGGUACCGAUGCCAUCGACCAGGGAGGUCUUCUGCUGUCAUCUCAUUUCUGCUCUGGAUCCUCUCCGGCCUGCUUUCUGGAAUAUUACUGUUGUGUCACCUUCAGGGGGCAUACUGUGGAACGAUUGUGAAUCUUAUUUGCAUUGUGAAUUUCUUGGUUUCCACUCCGCUCAUGGUUGCUUCCAGUCUGACUGUGACGAUCGCCGUCUGCGGUAACUCUCGGGGGCGCCGGCUACCCAGGCUGUACGUAACUAUCUUGACCACCGUCUUGGUCUUCAUCAUCUUUGACGUUCCUCUGAGUGUUGUGUAUCUCUUUUUUUCCAGCUCUGAGGAUUUUCCUCUGGAAGCCAUGGAAAUCAUUUACCUCGUGGCCUCUUUCAUCGGCAGUCUUUACCCCCUCAUCUACAACUUGGUUGGGAGAGACAGGAAACGUCAGUUCAAAGAGUCCUGGAAGGUUGUGUUGCGUAGGCUUUUUAAGGAAGAAGGAGAUGCUAGAGAGGAGUUGGGCAAAG